AUGUUUAUUAGGAAUGAAUUAAAGCCUGUACUUUAAAGUAGUGAUUUAUAUAUAUCAACUAAUAAAUCAAUUAGCUAAGAGAAGUCAUCUUAGGAAUAGACAUUGCAAUAAUCACCUAAAAAGCGAUCAUUGCUUAAAUAAAAAAAUAAUCUCGUACCACUUACUGAUAGGCUUGAAAUAAGAAAAUGUUAUUAUAAUGGAGAGUAAAAUGAAAAGUUAAAGUCUGAGGAACAUAGAUUACAUAAUUCUAUAUAAAAAAAUAAAAUUAAUUUGCUUCCAAAACUAGAGUAUUUGGAUUCAGAUAAGAGUUUAUAUCAAACAGUUAUUGAAAUAUUUCCAACAGAUCAUCAAAUUUGGAAUGAUUUGGUUGACAAAUCUUAGACAAUAGAAGAGGUUAUUGAAUAGAACCCAGCUUUCUUUUUGGGAAUAAUGAGUAUUUAAAUACUUUUAUUAUUAUAAGCUCUUUAUGUUUAGCAAUCUAAAUUGUAAGCCCUUAAAAAUAAAAUUCAAUAAAAAGCUAUUUAAAGUUAAUAUCAUAAAGAUUAUUAAAAUGUUAUGAUAGGUAAUCAAGAUGUACUUUUGGAUUAAUCAAAGGCACAUGAUUAAAUGUGGAGUAAAAACCUUAAGUAACUAUAUCCUGAUAGUGUUUAUAAUGUAUAUAUAAUAUUUAAGAAAGUCCCAAUAUCUGCCAUUUAAGUUAGAAAAAUAACAAAAAUCUCAUUAGAAGGAUUUCAACCCUAAUUUAAGCUAAUCAUCUUAUUUAUCAACUUACAGAUCAUAAUUUUAAAAUUGGAAACCUUAAUAUCCUGGUAAGAUGACAAGAGAAACAUCAUCAGUUGAACCAUCUAAUUUACCAUUUGUUUCGGAAAGUAGUUAUGCUCGAGAAUUUAAGAAUAUAAAAACAGAAAGAUCUCCAUUAUAAAAGAUAGCAAAAUUGUAUAAAAUUAAAUUUUAAUCAGAGGACCCUUUGCUGAAAAGCCUGAAUAGCUAGUCAAAGAAAGUACAUCUUCGUAUUACUUAUAAUAACAAUUUAGUAGAAUUCCUUCAAAAUUAAUGCGUCCAAUAAGUCCAAAAUUAUUCAACUUAAGUUUUGAAGGAUAAUAUACAACAGAAUUUAAUAAGUAAAUAAAAAUUAAUAUUUUAAAGAUCCUACAACAUAAAUUCAGAUUAAGAAUCUUCUUUUGCAAAUAGAUUUUACGAAAGUAAUUCUGUAAAGAAAAUCUUCGAUAGAAAAUUUGAUAGAAAAAUUUAUUGA